AUGUUUGACAAAUUGAAGCAGAAAGUUCAGGAACUCAAAAUUUCCAAUGACGCUUCACUGCCUGUGUUUCCAGAAGCUGGCAAAAUUACAAAACGAGAUAUAUAUCAAAAUCGAUACAACUUUGGGGUGAAUUUUGGGUCACUCUUCGUACUUGAGAAAUACAUCUACGACUCGUUGUUUUCAGCUGGAGGUGAAAAUGAACACGACGCUAUUGUUGCUUAUGCCAAGAAGACGUCAGUGAAUGAUGCGGCCAAGAAACUAGAAGAACAUUACACCAACUACAUCUCAGAUGACGAUUGGCGAUGGCUCAAAGAUGAGGCUGGUAUAACAGCUAUACGGUUACCAGUGGGAUACUGGCAUAUCGGCAACGGUCAAUUCCUGGAAAAAGGUAUGUGCUUCGAGGACCUACAGAAGGUGUACGAGAGUGCAAAACCAUGGGAUCACAUCAAAAGGAUCGUUGCCGACGCGAAGAAGAAUGAAAUUGGCGUCUUAUUCGACCUUCAUGCAUUACCAGGUGGAGCCAAUGGUGACGCUCACAGCGGAGAGACGAACGGUGGGAAGGCCAAAUUUUUCCAGAAUGGAAAGGCAGUCAAGAAAGUGGUGGAAGAAAUGUUACCAUUUGUGGUAAAUGAUUUGUGUCAGCAGAAUGAAAAUGUAAUUGGACUCCAAAUUGUCAACGAAGCAGCAUUUAAUAAUAGUCCCAGUGCGGAAAGGAAUUACUACGCCAAAGCUAUUCGCAGCAUCAGAAAGCUGGAUUCAACGCUCCCCAUUGUCAUCUCUGAUGGCUGGUGGCCUGACCAAUGGGCAGACUGGUUGGAAAACGUAAAAUUAUCAAACGACGUGGUAAUUGAUUCUCACACAUAUAGAUGCUUUUCUGACGAGGAUAAAUCGAAGUCAGCCCGUCAACUGACUGACGAGUUGCAUGAAACUGUCAAUUUUGCCAAGGAUAAAGCGGACUACGUGGUUGGAGAGUUCUCCUGUGUACUUGAUGGAUCCACAUGGGACAAGACUAAGGAACCUCGCGAUGAAUGUGUAGCAAGCUACGGUCAAAAACAGACCCAGGUUUUUCAAGAUAAUGCCAGCUGGGGUUGGUUUUUCUGGACCUACAAGUUUGAGCAUGGAGAUGGAGGUGAAUGGGGUUUUGUCCCCAUGGUAAAUCGCGGCUGUAUUCCAAAGAGACCUCGCACAGAUCCUCACAUUGAUGAUAACCGUGUGAAAGAUAUCGUUGCUGAGCACGUCAACUAUUGGAAGGACAAAGGAGGAGAUAAGUUUGAGCAUUGGAGGUAUGAAGACGGCAUCAAGAACGCUAUUGACGAUAUCAAGGCCUUCAAUGCCUUUGAACACUCACGGGUAGGGAGAAGGCACUUUAUGAAAAACGUCAGAAGGCAUCAGUAUACCAAGGAUAAGGGCGACAGCGAGUACAUGUGGGAGUGGGAACAAGGGUACGAUAAGGGUCUCGAUGAGUUCAAUAGAUAUAAGUAG